GUGCUGCCUGCCUAGGAAGGUGGGGUGGUUAUUUAUUUGACGGACCGAGUACGGGUGCCUGGCAGGCUCUUGCGGAAGUCCAUGCGCCAUUGGGAGGGCCUCAGCGGCUGCUCUGUGCCCUUGUUGCUGAGGGCUUCUUCCUGGGUCAUUCCUAGAGCAGGAGCCGGACUUGGGCUGACACUGGGGCACCCUCGUAGCGGUCUCGGCCCCUGUGUGACCUCCCCACCGGCGGGAUGUGGCGACUACGUCGGGCCGCCGUGGCCUGUGAGGUCUGCCAAUCCUUAGUGAAGCAUAGCUCUGGAAUGAAGGGAAUCUUACCACUACAAAAAUUGCAUCUGGUUUCACGAAAUAGUUAUCAUUCACAUCAUCCUACCUUGAAGCUUCAAAGACCCCAAUUAAGGACAUCAUUUCAGCAGUUCUCUUCUCUAACUAAGCUUCCUUUACGUAAACUGAAACUUUUUCCAAUUAAAUAUGGCUACCAGCCCCACAGAAAUUUUUGGCCAGCAAGAUUAGCUGCAAGACUCUUAAAACUUCGGUAUCUUAUACUAGGAUCUGCUGUUGGGGGUGGCUAUACAGCCAAAAAGACUUUUGAUCAGUGGAAGGAUAUGAUACCUGACCUUAGUGACUAUAAAUGGAUUGUGCCUGAUAUUGUGUGGGAAAUUGAUGAGUAUAUCGACCUUGAGAAAAUUAGAAAAGCCCUUCCUAAUUCAGAAGACCUUGUAAAGUUAGCACCAGACUUUGACAAGAUUGUUGAAAGCCUCAGCUUAUUGAAGGACUUUUUCACCACAGGUCACAAAUUGGUUAGUGAAGUCAUAGGAGCUUCUGACCUACUUCUCUUGUUAGGUUCACCUGGAGAAACAGCAUUUCGAGCAACGGAUCAUGGAUCAGAAAAUGACAAGCAUUAUAGGAAGGGUCUGCUUGGUGAGCUCAUUCUCUUACAACAGCAAAUUCAAGAGCAUGAAGAGGAAGCGCGCAGAGCCACUGGCCAAUAUAGCACGAGCUAUGCCCAACAGAAGCGCAAGGUGUCAGAUAAAGAGAAAAUUGACCAACUUCAAGAAGAACUUCUACACACUCAGUUAAAGUAUCAGAGAAUCUUGGAACGAUUAGAAAAGGAGAACAAAGAAUUAAGAAAAUUAGUAUUGCAGAAAGAUGACAAAGGCAUCCAUCAUAGAAAGCUGAAGAAAUCUUUGAUUGACAUGUAUUCUGAAGUUCUUGAUGUUCUUUCUGAUUAUGAUGCCAGUUAUAAUACGCAAGAUCAUCUGCCACGGGUUGUUGUUGUGGGAGAUCAGAGUGCUGGAAAAACUAGUGUGUUGGAAAUGAUUGCUCAAGCACGAAUAUUCCCAAGAGGAUCUGGAGAGAUGAUGACACGUUCCCCAGUUAAGGUGACUCUGAGUGAAGGUCCUCACCACGUGGCCUUAUUUAAAGAUAGUUCUCGGGAGUUUGAUCUUACCAAAGAGGAAGAUCUUGCAGCAUUAAGACAUGAAAUAGAACUUCGAAUGAGGAAAAAUGUGAAAGAAGGCUAUACUGUUAGCCCUGAGACCAUUUCCUUAAAUGUAAAAGGCCCUGGACUACAGAGGAUGGUGCUUGUUGACUUACCAGGUGUGAUUAAUACUGUGACAUCAGGCAUGGCUCCUGACACAAAGGAAACUAUUUUCAGUAUCAGCAAAGCUUAUAUGCAGAAUCCUAAUGCCAUCAUACUAUGUAUUCAAGAUGGAUCUGUGGAUGCUGAGCGCAGUAUCGUUACUGACUUGGUUAGUCAAAUGGAUCCCCACGGAAGAAGAACCAUAUUUGUCUUGACCAAAGUAGACCUGGCAGAGAAAAAUGUAGCUAGUCCAAGCAGGAUUCAGCAGAUAAUUGAAGGAAAACUCUUCCCAAUGAAAGCCUUAGGUUAUUUUGCUGUUGUAACAGGAAAAGGAAAUAGCUCUGAAAGCAUUGAAGCUAUAAGAGAAUAUGAAGAAGAAUUUUUUCAAAAUUCAAAACUCCUAAAGACAAGCAUGCUAAAGGCACACCAAGUGACGACACGAAAUUUAAGCCUUGCUGUAUCAGACUGCUUUUGGAAAAUGGUACGAGAAUCAGUUGAACAACAGGCUGAUAGUUUCAAAGCAACACGUUUUAACCUUGAAACCGAGUGGAAGAAUAACUAUCCUCGCCUACGGGAACUUGACCGGAAUGAACUAUUUGAAAAAGCUAAAAAUGAAAUCCUUGAUGAAGUUAUCAGUCUGAGCCAGGUUACACCAAAACACUGGGAAGAAAUCCUUCAACAUUCCUUGUGGGAAAGAGUAUCAACUCAUGUGAUUGAAAACAUCUAUCUUCCAGCUGCACAGACAAUGAAUUCAGGAACUUUUAAUACUACAGUGGAUAUCAAGCUUAAACAGUGGACUGAUAAACAGCUUCCUAAUAAAGCAGUAGAGGUUGCUUGGGAGACCCUACAAGAAGAAUUUUCCCGCUUCAUGACAGAACCCAAAGGGAAAGAGCAUGAUGACAUAUUUGAUAAACUUAAAGAGGCUGUUAAGGAAGAAAGUAUUAAGCGCCACAAGUGGAAUGACUUUGCGGAGGACAGCUUGAGGGUUAUUCAACACAAUGCUUUAGAAGACCGGUCCAUAUCUGAUAAGCAGCAGUGGGAUGCAGCCAUUUAUUUUAUGGAAGAGGCUCUUCAGGCUCGUCUCAAGGAUACUGAAAAUGCAAUUGAAAACAUGGUAGGUCCAGAUUGGAAAAAGAGGUGGUUAUACUGGAAGAAUCGGACCCAAGAACAGUGUGUUCACAAUGAAACCAAGAAUGAAUUGGAGAAGAUGUUGAAAUGUAAUGAGGAGCACCCAGCUUAUCUUGCAAGUGAUGAAAUAACCACAGUCCGGAAGAACCUUGAAUCCCGAGGAGUAGAAGUAGAUCCAAGCUUGAUUAAGGAUACUUGGCAUCAAGUUUAUAGAAGACAUUUUUUAAAAACAGCUCUAAACCACUGUAACCUUUGUCGAAGAGGCUUUUAUUACUACCAAAGGCAUUUUGUUGAUUCUGAGUUGGAAUGCAAUGACGUGGUUUUAUUUUGGCGAAUACAGCGCAUGCUUGCUAUCACUGCAAAUACUUUAAGGCAGCAACUUACAAACACUGAAGUCAGGCGAUUAGAGAAAAACGUUAAAGAGGUGCUGGAAGAUUUUGCUGAUGACAGCGAGAAGAAAGUUAAAUUGCUUACUGGUAAACGAGUUCAACUAGCCGAAGACCUCAGUAAGUAGUUCUUUCUGCCCUUCACCUCACUGCCUGUUUACCUUUACCAUUUCCAUUUAUUUGUUCAUCCGUUUAAUCUCAGACUUACAGAAAAAU